ACAUGUUACUAUCAGUGGUUCCAAGAACUCAGCAUUACCAAUUCUUGCAGCAACCCUUUGUUGUUCUGGAUCUUCUAAGCUGAAGAAUGUGCCUUGUUUGUUGGAUACAAGAACAAUGGUCUCGAUCUUGGAGUCUCUGGGUGCUCGAGUUUCGUGUUUUGGUGAAGACAUUGUGGUGAAUACAGAUGGAGUAAUGUGUAUAGAGCCUGAUUUGAAUGAGGUUAGGAAAGUUAGAGGUGGGUUCUUUGUUAUAGGGCCGUUAUUGGCGCGAUAUGGUGAAGCUACUGUUGGUUUGCCUGGUGGUUGUGACAUUGGUGCUCGACCUGUUGAUAUUUAUAUUCAUGGCCUUCGUCCUCUUGGUGCUACAGUUGAGCUGAGGGAUGGAAAAGUGCAAGCACAUGUAUCAAAUGGUAAAGGUUUGACUGGUGCAAGCUUCCGACUUGCCUACCCCAGUGUAGGAGCUACAGAAACUCUUAUGAUGGCGGCGUGUUUGGCAAAGGGAAAGACCGUAAUCUCAAAUGCAGCUCAAGAGCCCGAGAUCGUUGACCUUGCUGGCUUUCUAACAAAUUGUGGGGCAGUUGUGGAAGGAGCAGGAACAGACACACUCUAUAUUACUGGAAGGAGAAGGUUGUGUGGUUCUGAGUAUAGCAUAAUGCCAGACAGAAUUGAAGCCGGCACCUAUAUGUUGGCUACUGCAAUUACUCGAUCGUGUAUCUCAAUUUCAGAUGUGUCCCACAGCAAUUUGACUUGUUUAAUAGACAAGCUUUCAGGUGCUGGUUGCAAAAUAUUACAGCUCAGUGAUGACACUUUAGAGAUUUCAGCAGUACCUCGGACAAUUGGAGAUGAUUUGCGGGGAUUCAGUAUCAAAACAAAUCCAUUUCCAGGAUUUCCAACAGAUCUCCAGCCUCUGACAAUGGCAUUGCUUUCAACAUGCAAGGGCGAAAGUAUCGUUGAGGAAUCUGUCUUUGAAAAUCGUAUGAGCCAUGUAACAGAGCUGCAGAAAUUUGGAGCUAAAAUUCAGGUCUGUGGAAGCAAAGCCGUUGUUUCUGGUAAGGGAAAUGCAAGUCCAUUACAUGGUUCUCAAGUUAUCGCGGCUGAUUUACGUGGGGGGAUGUCUUUGGUUUUGGCUGGUCUGGCUGCUGAAGGGACUACUGACAUCAGUGGAAUCUCCCAUGUGGAUAGAGGUUAUGAAAGUUUGGAAAUGAAACUUCAGGGUCUAGGUGCCAAUGUCACGAGGACGACUUCCUGAUAACUUCCGGUGUAGCACUUAUAGAAUUUACACGUAAAAAUCAAGCUAUGGGAGUGCUUCAGAAGAUCAAAGAACAAGCUUGAAGAGUUGCUGGGAAUGUUGAAAUUGUGAGAUUAUUCUAUAAAAUCGUUUUUCUUGAGUCACUGGUCUAUCGGAAACAGACUCUUUACGCCAAGGAUAGCACUUCACACUGGGUAUAUUGUUGUUGUAUGGUUUGGCAGGGACGGAGCCACCUUUGGGCAAGGUGGUUCAUCCGAACCCCUUCGGCAGAAAAUUAUACUAUUUAUAUAUAGUUAAAAUUACUUUUUGUUAAUAUCUAAUAGAUGUUGAACCCUCUUCACCUAGUUCGUAUGUUUACUUCAAAACCCCCUAGUGAAAAUACUGACUCCAUCACUGUGCUUUGGGUAUACUCCACCCUCCCUAGACCCUACUUGUGAGAUUGCACUAGGUAUGUUGUGGUAGUAGCAAGAUACCGCAAUAAUGGCCAAAUUUUGCCGCUUUAAACAAGGCUCAUUUGCUGAUUUGU